CACCAUCUUUCAGUUUCCGAUCAAAAACCCUAGCUUCAUCUGCGUCUCUGUUUACCCUCCGGCACUUCAAAUCUCAGUUUUCCGAUCAAUUAACAGUCGGAAACUCAGUAAUCAUGGCGUCGGCGGAUCAAACAGUGCUGCAGUUCUUUCCAUUGUCAACUAGCCUGUCAGCCAAAGUUCACCCUCUCGUUAUCUUCAACAUUUGUGAUUGUUUUGUGCGACGACCCGACCAGGCUGAAAGAGUCAUCGGAACGCUUCUUGGAUCCGUUCUUCCAGACGGAACCGUUGAUAUCCGUAAUUCGUAUGUUGUUCCCCACAACGAAUCAUCUGACCAGGUUGCUUUGGAUAUAGAUUAUCAUCACAAUAUGUUGUCAUCUCACCAGAAGGUGAACCCAAAAGAAGUUAUUGUUGGAUGGUUUUCAACUGGAUUCGGUGUGACGGGUGGCAGUGCUCUUAUUCACGAGUUCUAUUCUAGAGAAGUUGCAAACCCUGUUCAUUUGACGGUUGACACCGGUUUCACAAACGGGGAAGCCUCUAUCAAAGCUUUUGUCUCUAUUAACUUAUCUUUGGGUGAUCAGCAACUCGCUGCUCAGUUUCAAGAAAUUCCACUCGAUCUGCGUAUGGUUGAAGCUGAGCGUAUUGGAUUUGACGUUCUGAAGACCACAGCGGUUGACAAACUUCCGACUGAUAUGGAAGGAAUGGAAGCCACAAUGGAACGAUUGCUAGCACUAAUAGACGAUACCUACAAAUACGUUGAUGAUGUUGUGGAAGGGCGUGUUGCACCAGAUAACACCAUUGGAAGAUUUAUAUCAGAAACCGUAUCCUCCAUUCCGAAGAUAUCUCCGUCAGCUUUCGAUAAGCUUGUAAACGAUAAUCUACAGGACCAAUUGCUGUUAUUAUACUUAUCAAGCAUUACAAGGACACAACUCAGUUUAGCAGAGAAAUUGAACACAGCUGCCCAGAUCCUGUAAACCGAAUCUUAUGUUUUAUUUUCUGCUGAGAAAGGUUAAUUUUUUCAAUUGUUGAUGCAAGAAUUUGUGAAUUUUGCGAGGUUGGUUUUGUUAGGAAACGUUUGUAACAUGGUUUUGGACGUGUAAUAGCUGCAGAUUAUUUUCUGCUUUAACUGA